AUCAACCGGUGUCUCCUCACUCAAAUAAACGUUUGCAUUUCGAUCAGCUUAACAAAAUGUCAUGUUGUUUAAUAACUACAUUCAUUUUCAUUAUUUUAUUAGUGUUUUUCUUAAGAAAGAAAACUCCUGAUGCAAUAUUCGGAAUAUACUCAGUGCCUGGCAAAUGGUAUUAUUUAAAAUAUGUAGUGUUUUCUUGUCUCUAUUACUUUAGAAAGUACUCGAAGAAGAACAAUGGAGCUGGUUUGGAGGGACAUGCGGGACAAGGAGUGAGAGCUUUAGCAAAUCCAUCUGAAAUGGACAGAGCGCAACCUCUCAGUGAGCAUGCUAAGGCUUUCGAUGCAGUAUUCUUCAUAUCGGCGAUGAAAAAUAAAAAAGAAGACAAGGGCGUGUACGUCAUUUCCGGGUGUGAGCGACGGCCCAUGGGCAUGUGCAAUGGUCUAUUUUACAUUGGGUUGCCGGGUAAAGGACUUCUCUGCAGCAAGAAAUUACCGGAUACAGUCCUAUUCGGUGCUGAGAUUGGUGAAUUUGGAGCCGAAGGAAUAAUGAUGACACCCGUUGAACCAAUGAAGAAGUGGGCCGUGUCAUAUAGAGGACCAAUGUGGUACCAAAAUGACCCAAGCAAGGUGGUAGAUGUCGAAUUUAAUGGCGAGUGGAACGCAACCAGCAACUACUUCGACUACGAUUGUGAUCUGCAUCCGCCCGCUGUCAUCCGAUCCAUCGCUAGAGAAAAAUGGAGCAGGAAAUACUUUGAAUCACUUAAAACGGCUCACCAGUCUCACUAUGAACAAUUUGGUGAGAUGAAAUGCAAGUUCAAGAUAGACAAGGAUACUUUUGAAUACACACUGCCGUCGUUCAGAGAUCACAGUUUUGGUCAAAGACGAGAUUGGACUCUAAUGCAUAGAUAUGCCUUUCAUCAUAUCUUUCUGGAAGACGGUACUAAUAUCAGCGUUGGAGUUAUUUGUCAACCCUCCACUGCCACCAGUAUGGAAGCAGGAGUGGUUGGUCUACCCAAUGGAGAUCUUUUACCUGUAAAGUGGGUAGACCUGAAACUGUACCAGCACGGAGAGGGUGGCACAGCACCCCGAGAUUACGCUUUCAGAAUACAAGCAGGAGAUGAAGUGUACACUAUUCAGGUUUUGGUGGAAUAUGAAGCAAUCCACUACGUUUCACAAGAGUGGGACGCGCGGAUGGUGGAACGCUUUUGUAAAUUCAUCGUUAACGGCGUUCCUGGAAGAGGGGUCUCAGAGUUUCACUACCGGCACAAAGACGGCCGACCGGAGAGUGCAGCAAAGACCGAUCCAGAUUGGUUUAGAAAAAUGUGUCAUAAAAUUUAGAUACAUUAAUACACAUGUCUGUGGAAUACAGUUGGAUUUAUUUUGUUCUCAAUUUUAUGUUCUGGUUGCGAUUGUAUAUUGUUGGAUUAUUUAAAAUAAUUUAGUAAUUAAAAAAAAAUA